GUCAGCCGGUCACACAAACAAGCACCCAGCUCCCGAGCAGCAGAGAGGGAAUCGUGGAGGUUUAGACAACAUGGAAUCAUCACCCAAUGGACAAACUAAGAGUAGGACCUCAAGGAAACCUCCAAUUACAAAACCAUCCAUUCCUAAAGGGUCAAAAAACGAAACUGUAUCUCAGUCUCCCUCAGGAGCCCCAGAUGCAUCUCAAACACUUACCUCUCGGACUGCAAGGAUAUCACCAAGACUGACAGCUAAUCUUGAAACCACCACCGCAAAGGCCACUUCAAAAACCAGCAUCAGCAGCCCUUCUCUUAUGAAAACCAGAGGAGUGACAGAGAAAGAUCAGACAUCACCAGUCAAAUGUUCAUCUAAUAUUGUGGCUCGUCAUCAGAUCAGAGACAAAAAAGAACAGUCAGUAACAACACCUCCUACAACAAAGGCUGAAGCUCUUAAAAAGUCCAUAGGGGGAUCACAGAAUGGCAAAUCAUGUACUACAAGGGAAGGAGACGCUUCUCUGUCUAUUAAAGGGAACAAAGCUAGCAAGAAAGAAGUAGGUGGAUCUCUUGGGCCUGGUGCAAUACCAAAAGUGAAGACACAGUUCCAGCGCCCAGAAAACACAGCAUCUACACUACCUAAACAAGUAACUACUACAAAAGAGGCAGUUAAUUCUGUGAAAAUUAGAUCUACACCAGUUAAACAAACAAAACCUGUGGUGGUUCCAGAUAAACCAGUUAGUUCGUCACCAUUGCAAUUUAAGUCAGUUAAAACAAUAUCUUCACCAGGUAAACUAAUAAAUACAACAUCAAAUGUAUCAAAACCAGUAAAAAUGGACGUUGGAUCAGCUAAAACAGUUAAAUCUGCAUCUUUGUCAACAAAACCAGCAAAAGCUCAAUCUACAUCAGUUAAAUCAGCAAACAAUGGAUCUGUGGUAGCUAAAUCUGCAAAAUCUCCAUCUAAAACAACAAAACCAGUAAAAAAUGUUUCAGUGCCAGCUAAAUCUGUAAAUACGAAAUCUGAGUCAGUUAAAACUGUAAGCAGUGCCUCUAAACGAACUGGCCCAAUAGGCGUUCCAGUAAAAUCGCCUUCACCACCAAUGAAACCUUUAAAUUCUCCAGUCAAACCAUUGAAAGGACCACAUGAAGGAAAAAAUAAACAAAUAGCAAGAGUAAGCACUGAAAACAAGUCAGAUUGUAUGGAAGAGGAACCCAAACGUGAUUCUGACGAACAGAACAUAUCUUCAACUGAACUUGCUAAUCUAUCAACUGAUCUGACAAACACUAGGAUGGAACAAAUAAAAACACCAACUGACAUAAUAAAAACAGUAAAUAAUGUGUUGGGAUUAGAAGAGACUGCAGAAGAAUUAGGAAAUAUUGUAGAAGAAACAGUAACUUUACUAGACAUCCCUGUAAAACCUUCACUACAGCCAGAACAGUAUAAUGUAAAAUCAAAUAGUUUUCUAAUAAAAACAUUAGAGCCUUUACCGUGUAUAAUAGACCCUUCACAAGAAUUCAUUCAAGACUCCAUUAUUGAAGCUAAUAUCCCUUUACAAUUGCAAAGUGAAUUAGAUGAAUCAAACAACCCAAAAGUGCCUUAUAUCAAAACUAAGGCAGGGUUAGAAACAAUCCCACUGCAGCCAGGAAAUAAACUAAGUGAAACAGCAAACCUAACUGUAGAAUCCACAGCAGAAAAUGUACAAUUAUCAACAGAGUUAGAAAUGUCUCAGGCAAAAAUGCUGAACGCUCUUAUAGAGCCAGCAGAAAGCCCAGAAAAAGAGUUAGUGGAACAAGUACAUUCUUCAGAAGAGCUAUUAGAUGUUUCCACAAGACCAGUUCAAGUAUCAGAUGAAGAUUUAAAUAGUGAGGAAACAGUACCCAUGUCCCCUGAGAUAGUUAACCUGGUCAAGUUUGCCCAAGGAUCAUUGGACAUAAGAGUUGAAUCUGAUCAAACUACUAUGAAUUACAUAACUUCUCCUGAAGAAACCAAAUUAGAUUUACAUGAAACACAGGCAUCUUCAGCUCAUCAAGUUCAUACUCCAAUAGAAUCAUUAGAUAUUAGAUUAGUAAAACCUGAGAAUCUAACCAAAGAUGAAUCCUACCAUUCAGUGGAAGUGGACGAUAAUAACACUGAAAAUGCAAUGGCAACACAUGAGCUGAUAGGACCUUUAACAGAAUCAGUAGCAUCUUCUGAUGAUAAAAUAAAUGAUUGUACUGGAUCAGUAAAUAUAUCAGAUGAGCAAGUACCUUUGCCGUUUGAAUUGGUAGAAAAAUGUGCUGAGGAUAUGACAUCAUAUAAUAACACUGAAAAUGCAAUGGCAACAAAUGAACUGAAAGGACCUUUAACAGAAUCAGUAGCAUCUUCUGAUGAUAAAAUAAAUGAUUGUACUGGAUCAGUAAAUAUAUCAGAUGAGCAAGUAUCUUUGCAGUUUAAAUCGGUAGAAAAGUGUGCUGAGGAUAUGACAUCAUAUAAUAACACUGAAAAUGCAAUGGCAACAAAUGAACUGAUAGGACCUUCAACAGAAUCAGUAGCAUCUUCUGAUGAUAAUAUAAAUGAUUGUACUGGAUCAGUAAAUAUAUCAGAUGAGCAAGUACCUUUGCAGUUUGAAUCAGUAGAAAAGUGUGCUGAGGAUAUGACAUCAUAUAAUAACACUGAAAAUGCAAUGGCAACAAAUGAACUGAUAGGACCUUCAACAGAAUCAGUAGCAUCUUCUGAUGAUAAUAUAAAUGAUUGUACUGGAUCAGUAAAUAUAUCAGAUGAGCAAGUACCUUUGCAGUUUGAAUCUGUAGAAAAGUGUGCUGAGGAUAUGAUAUCAUAUAAUAACACUGAAAAUGCAAUGGCAACAAAUGAACUGAUAGGACCUUCAACAGAAUCAGUAGCAUCUUCUGACGAUAAUAUAAAUGAUUGUACUGGAUCAGUAAAUAUAUCAGAUGAGCAAGUACCUUUGCAGUUUGAAUCUGUAGAAAAGUGUGCUGAGGAUAUGACAUCAUAUAAUAACACUGAAAAUGCAAUGGCAACAAAUGAACUGAUAGGACCUUUAACAGAAUCAGUAGCAUCUUCUGAUGAUAAAAUAAAUGAUUGUACUGGAUCAGUAAAUAUAUCAGAUGAGCAAGUACCUUUGCAGUUUGAAUCUGUAGAAAAGUGUGCUGAGGAUAUGACAUCAUAUAAUAACACUGAAAAUGCAAUGGCAACAAAUGAACUGAUAGGACCUUUAACAGAAUCAGUAGCAUCUUCUGAUGAUACAAUAAAUGAUUGUACUGGAUCAGUAAAUAUAUCAGAUGAGCAAGUACCUUUGCAGUUUGAAUUGGUAGAAAAGUGUACUGAGGGUAUGAGCAUGGAACAACAGUCAUCUAAGACACAAUCCGAAACUAAAAAUAUGGAGUUAAUCUGUAUUAAAGAACAAAAUACAUCUCCAGAAGAACAAAUAGCAACUGAAACUGCAAGCAUACUUGAUCAAAAAGAACCUCUGCAGAAUGUUGAUAACAAUUUGAAAGAACUUUUAAUUAACUUUAGUUUACCAUCAGAAAAUGAAACUAUUGUACUGGAACCAGAAAAUAAACAAACACAGUAUUUUGAAGAAGUGAACACUGAUCUAGAGGCUACAGAGACUGCAAGUAUGCCAUGUGCAUUGGAAUCAUUCAAAUUUUCAGAGGAACCAAUACAGUGUCAAGAAAAACAGCUAUUAACUUCAUCUGAACAAAUACCUGACUGUGUUGACUCAUUAAGUUUAAAAAAUGAGCAGGUCAAUAUUCUACUGGAACCGAUAAACAAACCUUCUGAAAGUAUAAUACUAGAAAAUAUCACACUAGGAUUAGACGGUAUAGCAAAGGCAUCAGCUGAAUAUUCACUAGACUUACUAGAAACUCUAAAGGAAUCAACCCACCAUGUAGAUGUAGAGGGACAAAAAAUAUCUGCAUCAGAACCAUUAAAUACUAAUGCACCUGUAAAUACUACAGGGAAAACAAUAAACAAACCUUUUUCCACUGUAAAACCAGAGAAUACAACCUUAAACUUAGAUGAGACAGUUAGCCAAUCAGUUAAAUGUACACUGAAUGUGGUACAAGCAUUAGAAGAGCCGUUACAGUAUGUUGAUGAACAAGAAAAUUCCACAACUGAAACAUUAUCCACGAGUACAACAACUAACAUUGCGUUGGAUCCAGUAAGCAAACAUUUCCAAACUCUAAAAUCAUCAAAUGAGUCACAACAAUUAGAGGAGGUGACAACAAAAGUAUUUGGAUAUUCAGAUUUUCUACAAACUUUAGAGGAACCAGUAAAGUGUCAACUGGAUCAAGUAACAUCUCUAACAGAACAGUUAACUAACUUACCUUCAUCUGUCAAUGUACCUAGUGUACAAGUAAAUAUUGUACCAGAACAAAUAAGCAAACCGCUGGGCUUAGUGAAACCUGAAAACACUGCAUCUGAAUCAGAAGAAGAAGCUGUUGAAUCAGUUACAUAUUUUAUAGAUUCAGUUACCAAGCUGGUAGACCCAAUAGACUACCAUGUGGAGCAAGGAGAAUCUCAGACAGAAUCAUUAAAUACAUUAGAAUCUAUAAAUAAAUCUGCUGAUGAGGUGACACAUGAAAACACUGCACUAGAAUUAAUAGAAAGAAAAACAGAAUCCCCUACAGAAUCAUUGUCUACAAAGGAACAAGUUACACCUUCCAUGGAACAAGUACAAUUGGUAAUAACACCGACUACAUGUGUAGAGGAUCCAGUAAUAUUUCUAGUAGAAACAGAAAAACCUUUGGUACAAAACAUUACGUCUGUAGAAAAUUGUAUGAAUGCUAAAAAUGAUGAACUGUCAGAGAACAAUGUAGACAAGGUACCAUGGCCCACUGAAUUAACAAAUGAGACAGACACAAUACAUAUGAAAGAAGAAAAUAAAACUGUUUUAACAGAAUCCCUUUAUAAAUAUACUGAACCAAAGAAUUUAGCAGACGAUGAAGGAAAUACACUAUUGGCAUCACCAAAUCACCAAACCACCAACUAUGUUCAUACAAUAAGCCUUGCACAGGUACCAGAAGAAACACUAAUAGAGUCAACUAAAAAUUUGACUGAACCAAUGGAACUGAAACCUAUAGACCUUCACAAACUUUGUCCAUUGGAAAACAAUAUCUCUUAUUCCUUUCCGGAUCCAUCAUUAUCUCAUUCAGAGGGCUCACUUGAUGCUACAACAGUUCUAGUACAUCCUUCUGGGAGUAAUAUUACCACAGAAACAUUUAGUCAGUCCCGAGAUGCACUUGUGUGUACCUCUAAAGUUACAAGACACAGUGGGUCCUCAGAGGAGGAGGAUGAAGACUCAUGGGUGGUGGUCAACAGUGAGGAUCUAUAUGACUUCAAGGGUGAAACUGAAGAAAAACCAUGCAGACCAGUAAGACUGAGCCAAGAUGGAGAAAAGAAUGAGACUGAAAGGAAAGAAGAGGAUGAGGGAGAAACUGUGGCAUCAGGCUGCAGCACUCUCAGUGAUCCUCAACUUGCAGGACAGAGCAGCAGUGAAACUAGUACACCAGAAGAGCUAAGGACUUAUGAAGAUAGCAGCUCUGGAGUAGAAUCCCACUCAGAUGACAUACCCACAUCUCCACCCACUACUCUUACACCUGACCCAGACCUUGGUAUCCACAUGGGGCAAGAAGAAGGAGGAGAGACCCCAGCAGGAACUCCUGCAUCAUUAGGACGCAAGGCUCCUCAGCCAAUGCGGGAGACAGAUACAGCAGGGCUGUGUCAAGGAGCAGCCCCCCUUGAAAUAAUUGACCCUUCCAAAAGAAAUCAACCAGUGCUUCAAAAAGAAGUGCUGGGUAGUGUUUACACCCAUGAGUUACAAGGGGUAGGAGAACAAGAAGAAGAUAUAGAAGAGGAGGGAACUGUUGCAGAAGAAGCCAAUAGAGGUAAUAACCAAGCAUAAUGGCAUGUAGAGCUGGUAUGGGAGGGCAAAAACUGAACAUGUACAUGUAUAUAUCCGGCAGGGAAAGGGUUCUUAGACAAACUGUACAUAUUUUAAUUUUUUGGUGACAGAAUUUAAGGUUUUUAUUUCCUUAAGUGGCUGGAUAUUGGGUUCUCAAUGGAAAAAGCUGUUAGGGGAAUAACACAACCAUCAAAAGUCAACAAUGUCACAUAUCACCCCAUUUGUCUUUCAUCCUUUUGUGUUUGUUGUUCCCCUUCCUCUUCUUGCCUUGCCCUUAAUCAUACCUCUCAUUUCCUCUCAUCAGAUGUAUAGCUUACGUUCUUGUAUUUUUUUUAUAUGUUUAAUAAACUUUGGUUUAUUUUAAAAAA